AUGUUAAAGUCAAAAGAAAGUAAAGAAGCUGAGAUAUUCGAAUGUUUAAGUAGAGAUGGUACAUCUAAUCUUAAAUACUCAAGACUCUUUCACUUUUAAUGAUAUGGAGAAUUUGGGUCCAUGGCAUAAAUAUGGAGGUAGCAUACAUUAAGAACUUUAAAGAAUAUCCUCAUUGAAAUUGGGCAAAUCAAUCUCUGAACAUCAAACAGAUAAGAUAAUAGGAUCCAACUUGUAAAUUGCUUAAAUGCAAUCAGGGAGAAGGUUCUCUUAAGAAAUUAUAAAGUAAACUUAAUUGCCACUCGAUGAAAAAAUCGUGAAAUCUGCAUCAAUCCACUAAGAAUCUAGAAGCAGAACACAAUUAUUCAAAUAACUCAGAUCACCCAAACCGAAAGAGAAUUCUUUAAUCACAACUAAACAGGAAGAAACCCAAACGAACCAUAUUAAAUAGGAGAAAACUAAUGUUGGUUUCUUUGUCCAAUGUUAUCCAAAUAGAAACAAAUUCGAUAGAUCAAAAUUGUCUAAUUUUCAAUCUUCCAAAGAAUACUUUGAAGUAAAAUAAUAUUUAUUAUUUAAGAGAAAAUAACUUUGAAAAUGAUGUAUGGUCUUAAUAGAAUGUAAAAUGAUGAAACGACAUAAAAUACGAAUUAAAAUCAAUAAUUUUAUAAGCAAUAAGAACAGUAAGAAAGAAAUUAACAAACAAGAAAGGCUCCUAAAACAGUAAGCAGAAACUAUUUUUAUAAAAAAGAACUCAAAUUUCAUAGCUCCAAUGCAUCUCAAAUAAAUCUAAACAAAUCAAUCAAUAACUCUAUCAAUUCUUUAUUGAAUCAACCAUAAAAUAUUCCAAAAUCGAGAAUCCCAUUUAAUAAAAUUAUAAAUAAAAAAACUGUUAUUUCUUUUGCAUCCCAGAAUCAACUUUUGGAAAAGCAAUAUUAAUAAUCAUAAAUUCAAAAUAACAAGGUUUAAAGAAUGGUAAGCAGUUGA